UGACUUCAUCUUCAGGCAACUUCAUUUCCUCAAGCUGCAAUCGCCGUGGUUUUGAUCAGGCAAGUCCCGGUCUAGACUCAACUGGUGACUGUUUCUCUGCAUUGCGCUCCACCUUUUAUUCCCCGUAGCCCCGGAUCUUCUUGCUUCGUCGCGAGGCUUGUUCUUUUUUCGCGAUUCCUCCUUUGCUCUCACUCGUGUGAAAUCUGUUCUACGCGAUGGAGCCUGCCAGUGAGGCCGCCCUCAAGGGCCCUCCCUCGCGGGGAUGGAAGACAUGGACAUUCAAGAAGAAGCUCAUCAUCAUUGGAGGAAUCAUCGGGUUUAUCAUCGCCCUGGGCAUCGGUCUUGGAGUCGGACUGGGAGUUGGACUCGGCGGCGGAGGGGGAGGAGGAGAGGAAGAGGGAGGAGGCGGGGAGACGACGCCACCCAGUUCAGGCAAUUACACCUCAGCCAAAUGGCAGCCCGCCGUCGGCACCAGUUGGCAGAUCGAGUUGCUCUAUCCUCUGAAUGACACCUCCGUCGACGUGGAUGUCUACGACAUUGAUCUGUUCAACAACAACAAGUCUGUAAUCAACGAUCUGCAAAAAGCAGGCCGUAAAGUCAUUUGCUACUUCUCCGCCGGCAGCUACGAGAACUGGCGCCCGGACAAGGACAAAUUCAACUCGGAUGAUCUGGGUAAAAACCUGGACGGAUGGCCCGGCGAGAAAUGGAUCAACAUCAGCUCUCCUCGCAUUCGAAAGAUCAUGCUAACCCGCCUGGACCUGGCUCAGAACAAGAGCUGCGACGGGGUAGACCCGGAUAACGUCGACGGAUACGACAAUGAUAACGGGCUGGAUCUGACAGAGGCCGAUUCGAUCAGCUACAUGAAUUGGAUGGCCAAUGAAGCGCAUGCGCGCAACAUGUCCAUCGGUCUGAAGAAUGCGGGUUCCAUCAUCUCGUCAGUUAUCAAGAACAUGCAGUGGAGCGUCAACGAGCAAUGCUCGCAGUACGACGAGUGCGAUACCUACGCUGCCUUCACGGAGGCAGGGAAGCCAGUCUUCCACAUCGAAUACCCCAAGGGUGACGACACCAACAAUGACUUGUCAGUGACCUCGAGUCAGAAGUCCAAGGCGUGCAACUUCACCGACUCGGGCAACUUCUCCACGGUGAUCAAGAACAUGGACCUGGACAAUUGGAUCGAGAUGUGCUAGCCAGGGCCCGUUUUCAGAUGGUUGGAAUGUGAAGGGACAGGAAUUCGGCACACCAGCAAGGGCGCAGGGGAGUUUUGAUAGCGAUAUCUAUUGUACUGUAGUUGCUACUAUCUACUAUGAUGUAAUCCAGCAUUCAUCUACAAAGUUUAUGACUGAUCGUCACUUGUCAUAUGCUGACGUCUUCCCCCUGGAAUACCUACCAACU